AUGGAUUAUCUUUCUAUUUUUAGGAUUAAGGCUAGGAGGGGUAACAGAGAUGAUGAUAGUCUUAAUGUCAAUCCAUUAGCAAUUGUUCAAGUUGUUAAUGAAAUUUUCCCCAGUGUUAGUAAAGUUGGGAGUCCUAUGGUUGAGAGUAGUGAGGGAUCUGCAGAAGCCAAAGUUUCUGAUAACCCUCAUGUUUUGGAACCCAUACCUGAGGAAGCUAAGCUUCUUUCAGAUAAUUUAGUGGAUAUCAAUAUCCAAGCUGGGUCAUUAGAUGCUAAUAUUUUUCAAAGGAAAAAGAAGUCUUGUAAAAAAAUUACUAAAGCUGUCUGUGAACCUAUUUUAGAAAAAAUGGUUGUUGACUCUGUUGGGAAAGCUUCUACACCCUCAACUGCUGUGCAUGUAAUUCCCAAAAGGAGUUUACAAAUCAGAGAGGGUCAUAAAAAUGUAGAGGAUCCUAACUUAGACAAAGCAGCCAAAAAGCAAAAACUUUCUUAG